AGCAGUUUCUCAAAGGAUGAAUAUAACUAACUCCGAUCUGAUGGAUAUGUAUGGGGUAACAGGCUCUGAAGAAAUUGAUAUUGAACCACACGGACAGAGUUUGCAGUUUGGCCACGAUUUAGGAAUCAUGGAACCUUACGGCUUAGUGUCUUCUCAUCAUCCACUGAUAGAAUCCGAUUUCUUCAACCCCCAAUUUGAAACCCAGGAACUGACAGAGUUAUCCAAUGCAGAGUUUCGAGAAGGUCGUGAAAUCCCCAAUAUGUCUACUACAAAUUUAACCAUCUGCUCUAGCUAUCAUGUAUUAAACCCGAGUACCCCACCGGGAGUAAUAACAGACGACGACCUGGACGUUCCUCACUCUCGACUUUUAAUCAAAGAAGAACCUGAGUUGGACGAGUUUGAAAUAGGUCAGUAUAACAUCAUCAGUGAAGCAGACAUUGUCAUGCAGCCAAACUGGCCCAUAGACAACACUGUCUCCGUUGACAAUGAUAGCUGCUCCAACGAUGGUUGUUAUGAAUAUGCCAGAACGGCAGACGUCUUUAACAUUCCUAAACCAGUACGCAAUCUCAUUCCGCAUGUCUUCUCCGAAUCCGAAUCGGAUAGCAACGACUCCCAGGACAGCAAACCAGAACGCAAGAAACCCGGAAGAAAGAAGGGUCAAGUUUCCCGUGUAUUACAUUUGUGGGAAUUCAUCCGCGACUUAUUAAAAGAUCCAAAUUAUUCUGGUCGAAUUAUAAAAUGGGAAGAUAAAUCACACGGGGUAUUUCGUAUUGUAAAAUCCGUGGAGGUAGCUACUUUGUGGGGAGAAAAGAAGAAAAAUAAACGAAAAAUGACCUAUGAGAAGAUGAGUCGUUCAUUAAGAUACUCUAAACAAGAGGGUUAUUUCUGUGCGGUUCCAAAGGAAAAGAAGUUCCCCAAGAAACUGUGCUUUAAGUUUGGACCAAAGUCAAAAGGUUGGGAAUAAAUGAACACCAAAUGAAUAAAUGGUAAUUAUUUCACAAAACAAAGUACAUAGCUUUGAGGGACACUUAGUUAUUGAAGAACGUGUGCAAUUUUUAAAGAAAAUCUAUCCCUGUGAAAAGUUCAGUGGUCAUGGGAUUAUUUUACAAUGUGAACCAUGUGAAACUUUAGAGUGAGGGGAAACUUUAACACUAUAGAAUGCAGGUAUAUAUGAUGUUGGUACUGUGGUUUGUCAAAUAAGUGCGCGGACACACAUAUAGCGAAACGUCUGUUAAUGGAUUGAUAACAUUGAUAUUAAAGGACAAUGUUGGUGUCAGCCAAUAUUUUAUGUGAUAGAACUGAUUAAACACAUUCCAAAUUUUAACACAGAGAUCAUUGCUACGGUAGAUAUGUAACAUGAUUUGAAGAAACGAAAAGUGACACAAACAAAUGUAAAACACGAGUUUCCUUAUACAUUGUAACUGACUGAAGUAAGAGAGCGAUAACAGAUAUUCUGCGAUUUUCAGCUCACUGAUAAUUCCUUUGAAGACGAAAAGUUGUUAUAUGAGAUUGUGAGAGGAUAUCUGUUCGAAUCUGACAAUUCAUAAAAGAAUUGGCUGUCACUAGAUAAGAGAAAGCCAGAAAAACAGAAAUAGUCCGUGGAUUACCUUGUUUUGAUUAAUUCUAUACUUAAAAAUUUUAAGCGAUAACCAUAGUUUGUCACGGUAGACCUAUGAAAAAAUUAAAGUCAUAUCGUUUUUUUUUUUAGAAUUACUUCUGCCUCCGCCACGUGGAUUACAAAUUGCAAUUUGGUAUGCGCUCUAAAACAGCAAUUGGGCGUGGAUUCCUGUGUAGCCUACUUCUGGUCAGAUUGGAACAAAAUGUGAAAUUCGCUUGUAUUCUGCAACUGCAAAACAGACAAAAGCAUAAAAAAUACUGGCUAGGUAUGCGAAUUCCUAACAUGGGAAGUGGCAUGAGGUGUUUUAGGAAGAGUAAGCGUAUCCUACCCCGUAGCAAUGAUCCCUGUGUUAAAAUUAUAUUUGGAAUGUGUUGAACUAGUGCUAUCACAUAUGUAAUAUUGACUGAAGCCAAAAUUGUCCUUCUAUAUUCAUUACUUGACUUUAUGAUCAGAACAUAAGAGUUGGGAAAAAAUCUUAUUGUUUUGUAAACCAUUGUAACAAUCAUAAUUUACUUUAAUACAUCGAAGAUUUAGUUUUUGCAAACCAUUGUUUUUUUUAAAAAAAAACAACGACGACCAUGUUGUAUAUAGCCAACCACAAUCAAGUUAUCAUAAACUUAUAUUUAUUAACAACGAGUUUGUAUAUACUGUAGUUGUUAUAACUGAUAAAUUUUAAUCAGGCAUCGUUUUUAAAACAACGGCCUACUUUUAUAAAUUAUUAUUAUUUUUAGCAACAGUUAUUGCGUUUUAUAUAAUUUAUUUACAACAUUGAUGCAUGUUUUAAAACUACUUAUUUUUUUAUAUAAACAGCCACAUAUGUUUUAGCUGUAUUAUAGUUUAUAUUUUUGCAAGAGAUUUCUGAACAAAUGUGUUUAAGAAAGUAUUAGAUUUACAAAACUCCUAUUUAUUUAUAACCAAGGCUUGAUUCUUUUAAAGCAUUAUAGUUAAAUGAAAUGUUGAUUACAAAUUAUUAUUAUAACUGUUGUUUAUAUUGUUUUCAGCAAGGAUCGAAUGAUUUAUAAGACUGUUGCUUGAUUAUACAACCAUGAAAAUAAAUAGUAUAUUUGUAGAUGCCAAUUAAAUCUACUAACUACAACAUUAUUAACUGUGGUUUACCUAACAAAACAUAGACAUAAAAAAUCAUGACACUAACUUGCAUUGUUUGAUAAUAGAUUAUUAUAGAUAUUAGAUAAGUCAUUUUAAGAUAGCGUAAUUUAGUAAUAUCAAAUAUUCAUAUGUUCAGUAAUUUUCUAUCGGAUCAUACACGUAAGUUUAAUUGAGCGAUAAGAAUUCUGAACACACUAAGUUUUAUUAGCUGUAUGUACGUAUCAUAAUGCAUCUAACGCAGUGAACGCUUACUGCUGCCCCACCCCCCCACCCGGAUCAAUUCACUUGAAUUGAUAUUAAUUGUUGUUUAUUUCUUCCAAUGUUUGUGUAGUUUGUCUAGUUAGGUUUGUCUUUUCGGUUAUGUUUUGCGUGCAGUGCGGUUCAAGAAUCCAAAGAUCGAGUUAUAUAAAUAUUAUCGGAAAUUCCCACUUCACGAAUAGGAUAUUUGAAAGAAUCCUAAUUGAAACAUGGAGCUACAUUAUCAAGAAGAAAUACAAUUUCGAUAAUAUUUCCCUAUUUUCAUUUUAUAUACCGCCUUUAGCAGUUGUAUAGGCGGGCAAUCGAAACCAUGCUACUUGACUGUGUGGCAUACCGUUUAACCUUAAGAGCACGUUUUAAGCAUUUGGCCAGCCACCUCCACACACCCUCCCCCAACCACACACACACACGCACCCCUACGGCUGAAAGACAAAUAUAGCUUUUAUACAAAUCACAAUAAAAAGUAAUCCUGGUCAAUAACUUAUUCAAAUCGAUCAAUCAUAGUAGCCAUUUGUCAUUCUAUAGUUGGUUUUCACUAAGAUUGUAGACCUACGUCUGAAUGAUAUUUCAUUUCACUCCACUAAUAUCGAGUUCAAGAUGGUAUCUAACUUACAUUUUUUCUUUGAAUCACUUAGAUUACUAUCUAUAGAGCGUAAAGUUUUAAUAAUAAAAAUAUUAAUGGACUGUCUCGCGCACGGUGUCUUUAAAAAGGGCCCAGUAGAGAUUAUUAGACUUCACGACAUUGACUAUCAUAUUGUUUUAUGUGUUUACUGUUGAUAUUAUCAUUCAUUAUUUAUUUGUUCAGAUUAAUGUCAUUGUUCUGCUAUAUUCUAUUGGAAGCAGAUUACCUAAAUAACAAUUAUUAAUAUAGAAAUAGUUCUUAUCAACACAAAGUGUUAACAUAUAGUUAAAAGAAUUGUGUUCAUUUACUUGUAUAAUAGUUUAAAUGAAUAUAGUUUAUAUUAUUCUACUAUUUGUUAUAUUUUUAUUAUUACGAUUAUUCACUCACAUUUAGAUGGUUUAGCGAUGCUUUCAGGGUGGUUAACGUAAAAAAAUAUUUAUCAGACUGAAAAUGGUUUUAUAAGAUUGGCGGUAAGGUGGCAUGUAAGACAUUUUGCAGAGAUUUUCAAAUGACAUUAUUAUAUAAUGUGUCACCAAGCUUUAUAACACAUAUACUAUAAUGUAUAUUUAAUAACUAUGUUCUUACCUGACAUUGACUAUAAUCAUGUAUAAUCACGUGUUAUUGAAUGAAAGGAGCUGUCCCGAUUUACCCAGAACGCCUUAAAUAAAAGUGGGUUUAAUUAUGUUAAGAAAAUGUGACAAAAUAAAGACUCGACCUUUUCUUAAACUUUAACAUCAAAGAUCAUUGUGACCGGAAAUGAUAGACAGAUUUAGACAUUUAAGGAACUUCAGUCUUCAGUUGUAUGAGUGACUUAUAUAUCGGGUAGUUAUCAUUUAAAUUGUACAUGUAUAUAUAUUUUUGUAUAUGAAACGCUAUCCCAUACCCCUUGUCGGUGCACGUGGGGUCUCCAUGGACCCCAUGCACAUAUUUUAUGCUUUCUGAAAUUUAAUUGUUUUUCAGUUGUCAAAUAAACCCCUGCCUUUUAAUUCAGAUAUAUCUGUACGUAAAAACUUUGAAUUAUAACUGGGGUCCAUAUGGACCCCUUGAUACCUGCUAUGUGAUUCUCACAACGUGAACCGACAAGGGAUACAAUGUAGAGAUAUGUUCUCGCCUAGUAUUAAAACGCAUAUGAAUAUAUAAUUUACAUAUUUUAUUUGUACAUUAUCCGAGUGAAAACUUCUGUUUGAAAACAGUUUCAUUCCAUUCCAUUCCAGUUUCAUUAAGUUUUUGUAAGAAAAUGAAAUAAUAAAAUUUUAUUUUUUCUUGUA